AUGUCGAAAAAGCAAGCUUGUCCAGCAACAAUAAGAAUAAGAGCCAUCAUGAAAUUCCCUGAUUUCAAGGUAGAUUCAUAUAACAACAAAUUGAUGAAAAGGAAGAUAUCUAGAAAUCUCAAACAAGCUUUUGCAAACAGAGACACAAUUCAAAAAUCCCUUGUUUAUUUGGUGUCAUAUCCAAGUGUCAAAGACCACAAGAACCACCUUACUGGAGAGUUUGCAGGAUUUAUUCAGUGCAUUGAUCCGAGAUUAGUUACACGCAUAAAAGAACUUGUAGCUGAUGGGGUGAGAAAUGUUUCUGAAAUGAAGAGACACCUACUAAUCUCUGUGAAAAAUGACUUAUGUCCAGAUGAGGAUAUUCCCAGAACAAACAGAAGAUUUUUUCCAUUGGACAAGGACAUUAAAAACCACAUGGAUAUUGCCAUUAACAGCUUGAGAUUUUCCAAAGAUGACCAGCUGAACCUCGAGUCUCUGGUGGAGACCUGGCAAGAGAGUAAUCCAGAGGACAACAUCUUCCUUAGGACAUCAUAUGAUACCACUACCCAUGGAGACAUUCCAUCAGAGGACUUUCUGUUUGUUCACCAGACCACCUGGCAGAAACGUCUCUUAAACUUGUAUGGGAGAGACAUUUGCAUCAUGGAUGCCACAUAUAAGACCUCAAAGUAUGCCCUUCCUCUUUUUUUCAUUUGUAUGCAAACUAAUGUUGGGCAUUCCAUUUGUGGUUCUUUUGUUGUUGCGACCGAAACAAAAAAGUCUAUUCAGGAGGGCUUAAAAAAAAUUAAGGAAUGGAAUCCGGGAUGGAAUCCUAGCUAUUUCAUGACUGACUAUGAUGAAAGGGAAAUCCAAGCAGUUGAGGAAGUAUUUGAAGACUGUACUGUAUAUCUGUGUUCUUUUCAUCGUGAACAAUCAUGGACACGGUGGUUGAAACAGAUAAAGCAUGGUGUUGGUUCAAAUCAGGAUGAGGUUAUUGAACUAAUGAGAGGAAUAGCUAAUGCCAAUUCUGCAACAGAAUACAAAGAAGCUGUAGACAGCCUUAAAGAAAGCAUUCAUUGGCUGAACAAUCAACAACUGAGGAAGUGGUUUGACAAACAGUGGCUAUCAGUUUCACAUAGAUGGGUUAAAACCUUCAGGGAAAAGACUUACAACAUAAGAAUGUCAACAACAAAUGGCUUAGAGAGAAAACAUCAGGAGUUCAAAAGAGGCUACCUGUCUCACUACAGUGAAGGUAGUCUUUGUACCAUGAUUGCGACAUUGGUCUCCAAUUUCUUACCAGACAGUUAUAGGAGUUAUCUCAAUUACAAUAUCCAGAGUUUUGAGUUUUGCAAGAAGUACUCAUCAAGUGUUCCAAAAUUUUUACACAACAAACCAAGGAUGCUUGUUGAACACUGCAUCAAAAGAAUUCCUCCUGAAAUUCAAAACAUACCCAUAGAAAAUAUACAGGAGGUUGAAGACAGGGCUUAUGCUGUGCAUAGUGUUGACUCCAACAACAUAUAUCGGGUGAUGUUUUCAGACACUGAACCUACAUGUACCUGUCUUGACUACUCAAGACAUCAUUUGCCAUGUAAGCACAUGCUUGCAGUGAUGAUGUCAUUACCAGAAUGCAGCUGGGAUAACCUUCCUGAUGGAUACAAGACCUGUCCACAUUUUACUUUGGACCAAAGCAUCAUGCAGCAGUGCAUAGAUAGCAUUCCUGACAGUCCAAAUACAUCUCUGCAAGAUGAUAUACCAGCUCUGCAAGAUGAUAUACCAGCUCUGCAAGAUCAUAUACCAGCUCUGCAAGACGAUAUACCAGCUCUGCAACAUGAUAUAACCAACACAAAUAGUCCACUAAAUCAAGACACAUCACAGGAAAAAAGUCCGGAAAAGACAUGCCCAAAACAGCCAGAUAUACCCAAAACACCACUUCGUGUUCUUCUACAGACUGCCUUAGGUGGACUGAAAGAUAUACAGUCUGACUUGUACUUGAUAAAUGAUCGUCUAGACCUCCAGGAAAUAUCUACCAAAAUAAGAGAACUAAAAUUACUUAAAGCAUCAAAAAUUAAAAAGGACUCAGGCUUACCACUCAACGCUACAGACAAACGUAUAAGACCAUCCUUAAAAAGAAAAUCAGGGAAUCUACCAGUAAGAAAGAAAUACAGGAAAUUAAAUAAAAAACAUUGUGUCCAGUUUGCAGAAGAGGAUGAUGUCAUAAUUGUUGAUGGGACAUAUGACAUGCACAGCAAUCAACAUAGGAACCAUGAGAACCACACCGUUGUUACCAAACAAAGCAUGGCCUAUCAAAACACAGAAUGUCCAGUCAUUGAUGUAGACACACUGUGGAGGAUCAAACCGUCAGAUUGUUUAGUUGCAAGAAUUGGUAGUUUUAAAGUCACAGACACCUCCAUUGGGUAUUUAAAGACUUCUCUAUCUGAUGAGGUAAUAGAUGCAUACUUGUAUCUUCUAACACAGACAAAGAAGAAUAAGAAGCUUCUGGCCAUUGAUUCAUCAGUUGCAACACACAUAUUUCAAGGAAUAUCAGAAAAUUUUCAUGGGUUCAUGACACAGACAAAAUUCUCCAGUUACGAUAUGAUUCUUGCUGCUGUCAAUGAAAACAACAGUCACUGGACACUUAUAGUGGUGUACCCAAGUACAAAGAAACUGGUUUACAUUAAUCCACUUGGUGAAUUAAAGAGAACUAUGAAAGAUAUUGGAGAUAAAUGGAGAAAAGUAAAUGAAAUUUCAGAGGAUGGCUGGAAAGUGGAAACAACAAAACAUACAAAGCAGUAUGAUUCUAAUUCCUGUGGAGUGUAUGUUGUAAAGUUUGCCGAGCUAGUCAUAUCUGAUUUGCCUCUAACAUUUAGUUGUCGACCAGAUAAUCUGUAUCAAAUUAGACAAGGAAUUGGGAACCAGCUUUUGCAAGCCACAGAGCCCUUGUUUGAGCACUGCCGAGCUUGCAGUCUUCAUAGAGAAGCAAGACAAGAUGAGGAUUGGAUAGGAUGUGAGAAAUGUGACAAGUUCUUUCACUAUGGGUGUAUAGGAGUGUCUAGUUUUAUUUGUGGAAUGUGUUCCUCGCUUGAUCAACGUUCUGUGAAUCUGGAGCCUAAUCUGAGAAAAGAUCCUCCGAAG